UGUAAAUCAGUCAAGAAUCAUAGAAAUAUGGGGUCUGAUCUAUUAGAGGAGAUUGCAAGACUUAGAGGGUCUAUCUCCAAUUACCGCACAAACAAAAGCAUUGUGAAUCAUAACAACCAGCCAUAUCCAGCAACCCAUCAUAGUAGAGGGAGAGGGAGUUAUAGAGGCGUAUUUGGUCGUGGAAGAGGAAGAGGGAGAGGAGGGUUCCCCAUAAGGAAUAGAACGCUUGUGGUUCAACAACAACCUGAUCCGGAUUCUGAUUAUGUCUCGGUGAUGACGUCCAAUGGGAACAAGCUGGUGAGUAGAAAAUUAUACGAGAAGGAACUUAAGGAGAAGAACUUGACAAAAGAGCAGAAGCAAAAGGCGUUGGAAGAUAAGAAAGUGUUGAUUGAAGAACGGAAGUACGAAUUGAAGGCCAAGAAGAACCGGGCCAGCCUCGAUAACUGUGAUUGGUGCUACAUCAAUCACGUCUUAUACGCAAUAACCAUGUACGGUGCGAAACUCCGUCCACUUGAAGUCCCAUUUGACCAAGAACACCGUAAUGGUAUCAUUCCAAAGAAGAAAACCACGACUGAAUGGAAUGGAUACCAAUAUGAGAGAAAUACAGCGGGGACCUAUAGAUUGUUGGGCCAAAGGGUGUUUUUACAACAGCAAUGUCGUUUCUUCGAAAAGACUGGCUAUUGUGGUAAAGGUGAUAAGUGCAAGCAAGCCCAUAAUAAGGCCAAAGUGAUGUUAUGCCCUAGAUUGAUCAAAGGAGGCUGUACUUUGGAGAAGUGCUCGCUUUCUCAUGAGCCCACUGAGUUUAACGUUCCAUUGUGCCAUUUCUACCAACAGGGAUACUGUAAAAACGAACACUGUAUGUUCUUACACGUUAGCCCAGAACACCAACUUGUCUGUCGACCAUUCGCAAUUGGUGGGUACUGCUUCAGAGGAUCCAAGUGUAAAUUUAGACACGUUCAUGAAUGUCCAGAUACACAACUGGGUCAAGCUUGUCCUAGAGGGAAGAACUGCAGACUGAGCCACCGGACUCAGGAUAACGUCCAAGCCAAGCUGGAGCUUCAAACGUUGGAUCCAAAGGACUUCCAGCUGCCUGACUUGACAAACUUGACAGAUAUCCAUAACGAUCCAAGGCUUAUAAUAGAAGAAACGGCACAUGAGGAGGAAAUUGUUUCAGAUACCGACUCUGAUGAUGACGGCACCACAAGCCACCUUGAUCAGGACGACGAUCUAGAAAUCAACGCAGACUUUGUACACUUCUAGUUCAUCGCUUAUAUACAUAUCUACAUAUAUCCUGUAUAGCCCAAACAACAAGAGAAGAGCCUCA